AUGAGCAAGUUCGAAGACGAAAGCAAAAUUGUCGUAUUCAUCAACUCGGCCCUGGAUGAGAUCUUCGGCUCCGAUGCGCCUCUCUACCAGACCCGAGACAGAUGUGAACACCAUCUGCAAGCUCGCUGCCAGGAGGCUUGGGCGGGGGUGCUUCUCGUUCGCCUAUCCCAUCUGCGACGCCUUUCCGUGAAAUACGACAAUUCCGACCUGAUCGGCGAUAUCCUGCGUAAGGCGGCGCAGCGCCAGCAGCCCUUCCAUCGCACCUUGCCCUUCCCGUACCUCACUGAAGUAACCGCAUGUGCCCACGGCCGCUUACAUUGGAUUGAGUCGGAUCUCCUUACCUCCUUCUUCUAUUUCCCCGCGGUCCGCCGGGUCAAUGUCUUCGCCGUAGCCGAGACCUCCGCCGCACCUGAAUCAUUCUAUGCUUUGAAAUUCCGACAAGCCCUUCUUCCUUCCGCUGAAACACUCAGGUCUCUUCGGCUGGAAGGCGCCUGCAGUUAUAAAGUAGUCUGGUAUGAAGAUGACCGCGAGGAGGAUGAGGAGACCGUCUUUGGGUCAUUCAGAGAGUUUUCGGGCCUUCAGACACUGAUCGUGCGAUACCAUUUCCUUCUAGCACAACCCUCGGCGGAUAACGAGAUGCUACUUCUGGGUAUACUGCCCGCUUCGCUGGAGUCCCUGGGGAUCACCGAUAUCGAAUCCGACGACUAUCCCAACCUGGUGGCGGAGCUCUUGCGGUUGGUACGGCACGGCCCGGAACUCUUUCCCCGCCUGAACGUAAUCCACCUGUUCGUGAUCGACAUGUGCGAGGGCCCACUGGCUGCUUUGAGAACAGAGUUCGCUUUGGCCGGUAUCGGUCUGACGGUGGAGCAGCAGCAAGAGGAAGACUGGGAGCACAAUUAUGUCUUUGGACGGCGGAAGCCCUUCCCUUGA